UCCAAUGUACAGUUUCUUUGCAGGUUCUUGGAAGUAAUCCAGAAAGAUCAUUGUUGGCUUCGUACAUAUCAGAUAAGACCGUCAGAAAAAUCUUCACUUUGUCCUAAUGCCAUUUUGUUAAUUUAUUUUUUUGACUUUUAACCUACAGAAGAAGAUAAGAGGCAAAAAUGGUGAAGGAAGACAAACAAAUAGUUGGAGCUUUAUACGGCAGCAAACACAUUAGAACAGCUUUCCAACUGAAAAAGUUGCGUCGAUUUCGACACCAAACGGAGAUUUGAUGUCAGAAAUGUUUGACCACAAGCGAUCGAUUGCACCAACUCCACCGUCCAAGAAAAGACGACCCACUCUAUAAAUAAGUAUGGAAAGAAUUUUCACCAUCAAAUUGUAGCUUUUCAGAAUCAAUUUUGGCCUUUUUCUGGAACAGAUGGAAGAAUCCAGGAUGUUUAAAGGGGCAAAGAUCCUUCAAAAAAUUGUAAUAUUAAUAUGUUUCGAAUGUGUAGACGAGGAAAUGAACUCGGCGAAGGAGAGGAUUCGGACAACAAUCAAGGCGUUGGAAGGCUUCGAUUCUUCGAAUUUUAAUGAUCUAAUAAACUUCUCCUUGAAGGUCGACGAGGAAUUCAAUACGGUCAAAAAGAGAAUUCAGACAAGGAUUGCAGAGAUCGGAAAAGACAUGAAUCGGGACUCGCUCGUUGAAAAUCUGAAGCUGCAAUUUUCUAACAACAUUUCUCCGACAAUCUUGACGGGCGAGGAAAUCAAAGGAGAAGGAGGCGUGCCUAUGGAAGUUGAGCUAAUCGAUCUUAACACAGGAAAAGUUGUGGAUGCCGAACCGGAAGCUUCUUUAAGUGUCGAAAUAUUUCUAUUACAAGGAGAGUCGUCUAAUGUGUCCGAAGAAUUCGAGGAGGUCAUUGGGGACAAGGAAGGAAAUAAAUCCCUUCUUGUAGGAGAUUUGGGCAUAAAAUUACUAAGGGGAGUCGGUGUGAUGAAGACCGUGAAGCUCAAACAUCGAGCUAAGAAAGUGAAUCCGCCGGUGUUUUGUCUAGGGGCGAGAGCGGUUGUCGAUAUGAUCGACAAGGUUGGGAUAAAGGCAGCCGUUACGAAGCCCUUUACGGCCAAGAAUUAUCGGAGAAAGUAUUACGAAAAGCAUGACAUCCCAUCUUUGAGCGACGAAAUCUACCGACUAACAAAUAUUCGAAAAGGCGGACCCAUUUCCCGGCGUCUCCAGGCGAAUGAAAUCGAGACGGUAGAGGAUUUCCUGAUUUGUUUCUUGAAAGAUCCUGAGGGGCUCAGAAGUAUUGUCGCCAUGGGGGGAAACAAAUGGAAAGACACACUCGCCAAUGCCCGGGCGUGCCAAGACCAAAGGAUGUACUGUUACGCCGACAUUCAGCAAAAGACUGCGAAUGUAUUCAAAAUUAUCGGAGAAGAUCAGGAACUGCAUUUGGACGGCCAAUAUCUGUCAACGAACAGCGAGGCCGAGAAGGCUCGGGAAUCCCUAUUAGCAUCUUCUUAUAAGCAUUGGAAGAAGGAAAUAAAACGCUUCGACAAUGAGGAUUCUCUUAAGGAACACUUGGCUCAUAUCCAGAAAUCAUGGGACCCUCCGGAUUCACAAAUACCGGAUAAUUACUUUUCGUCAUAUUUUGAUCCGGGCGGAGAAAUUUAUGCACACAACUAUAAUCUUACACUCCACGAAAAUUUCAUUACGGGGACUCCUCAAUAUUCCUCUUUUAGUCCAGAAGUCGAGCUUUGGUGUUCUGACCAAUGCUUUAUUAAUUCAGACAGGCAACCUAAUAGCGGAGAACACACCAAUGCUCGAUUUGUGGAAUUCCAAGAUGUCCGGGAUAGACAACCGAUGAAUGGAUGGAAACUAUUUUCUUCUGUCUGGAAAUGGUCAUCUGUCAUUAAGAAAAAAAGAUCGGCAAGAUGCCAAGGAGCAUACAAAACAAACGUUCACCAUAAGCUCGACUAAUUAAGGCCGCGUACUUUUAAUUAAUAUUUGAAUUAUGAUUAUGCAGAUGUAUUCAUUUUAAAAGAGAAUAGUAGAUAAAGAUUAAUUAGUCUUUUAAAGUAAACAUAUUUUUAUGUGUCGUGUUUACUUUGUACUUUUAUUAUCGUUUUAGCAAAAUGUAAU